UUUUAUUUCAAUAAAAAUGCACACAUGAUAAUGUGACUAAUAAAAGUAUGUAAAAAGACAACGAGACUGAUCAAAAGUAGAUAAAUGAAGAAUUAAGUUGCUAUACAAUUCUAUCAAAUUGAAGAAUAUAUUUGUUCAAUUAAUUUAUAACAGAACUUCUUAUAAUCCCUUUUUGAAGUUUUUGGAUUAUUAUUAUUUCUAUAGAGUAAAGUAUGCUUUUUGGUACAUAAUAUAUUAUGGUUAAAAAAUUAUAAUAUAAAUCAAUCAAUAAUAUGUCCAUUGAAAAUUUAAAAAAACUUUUACAAAUUUAUGAUUUUGAAAAUUCCGGUGAUUUAAAUAAAACAGAAUGGAUAAAAUUAUGCUCAAAUUCAACAAUUAAUAUAUCCAAAGAAUUAUCAUUAACAUUAUUUAAUGAACUUGAUACAGAUAAAGAUGGAUUAAUUAAAAUAUCAGAUAUAUUACAAGAAUUAAAAAUAUGGGAAGAAUCAAAUCAAUCAAAUUGUAAUUUUAAUCAUUUUGAUAGAAUUGAUAAUAAUAAUAAUAAUCAAAAUGGGAAUGAAUGUAAAAAUGAGGAAUUAAUUUUAGAACAAGAUAAUGGUGUUUUUGGUAAAAAUCAAACCGAACAAUUGUCAAGAAUAUUGUCCAGAUCGAAUAUAAAAUCAAAUCCAAUUAUCUUAGAAAGACGUAAAAAACGAUAUCCAAUCAUUCCAUCGGAAAUAAUUAUACGAAAUGAAGGAAGUGAUCAAUGGAUGCCUAAAAAAGAAAUUAAUCCAGAUGGAUCAGAAGUUUUUACAACUACACCUAUAGUCAAAACUCCAAGAUACAAUAGUGUAUGUGAAUUGGAGAGUGUAAUAUCACAGAAUUAUCCAGAAUUAUUAAGUCCAUUUAAAAUUGUUCUGAAUGAUUUCCGAAAUGAACUUUUACAAACCAAAAAAGAAAAAAUCGAUUUGGAAGAAACAUACAUGAAAGAGAAGGAGAAACGUAGAAGUGAUUUAUCUAGAUUAGAAGGUGAACUUGAAUUACAGAUUAAAUCAAUAGAGGAACGUGCCAAAUCAGAAGUUCAUGAGAAGUUACAAAGUGAGUAUAGAACACUGGUCUCUAACAAAGAACAAGAAAUUACAGAAAUACGGGAGCAAGUUGAAACUUUACAGCGUAAAAUUAAACAUCAUAACUUUAAUUGUUGUGAUUCAAUGAAUAGUCCUAUUAUACCAAAAAAAUUUACAGAUUCAAUUGAUAUAUCAAAUAAUUAUUUAACAGAUUCAAAAUCUUCUGUCAUUUCUUUACAUUAUGAAUAUCUUAAUCAAAAUAAAAAUGAAAGUUUAGAACAAGAUUCAUAUAAAAUUGAAUUACAAAAUGUUUUAUCGAUUCUAGCUCAAAGAGAAUUUGAAUUGAAAACAUUGAAAGAUCAGUUAAUUCAACAAGAAGCACAAUUAACAAUGGAUAAACAUGAAUUAAUUAGUCAAGAAGAAGAGAAACAAAAUCUAUAUUCUCAAUUAAAUGUUAUGAGAACAACAAUGGAACGUUUAAACAAAACAAACGACUACUUAUGUUCAGCAUUGCAUCGUGAAUCAGUUCAUAGACGAAGUAGAACGUCACCGUCGAGUGCUUUCUCAGAAUGUAUGGAACAAAGUGAUAACAACGAAAUCAAUCUACAGCCAUGUAGAUUUUCAACAGGAAUCAAUUUCCCGCUUGAAGCGUAUGAGUUUGAUAAUUUGGAAAAUAUUCUACCACUUCAACGCCAACAAAAUCAUCAUCUUGAUUCCACAUGUCGACGCUCAGAUUACUCUAGUGAGAAUAUUAGUAAUGUCAGUGGCUCCAAUUUUGAUAAGAAUGAAUUUAUAGCUCUUGAAAAUAGUACUGAAGAACAAAACCCUACAGAAACUUUAACACCAACACGUAUAUUUAAAGUGAUUUUAGUCGGGGAUUCAGGUGUUGGCAAAUCUAGUUUCUCAUAUCGAUUUUGUGAUGGAAUAUUUUAUCCACAACUUAGAGCUACUUUAGGAGUUGAUUUUCGAACAAAAAAUAUUAAAAUGAAUAAUUCAGUGUAUACUGUUCAAUUAUGGGAUACUGCUGGACAAGAGACGUAUCGUUGUAUUGUUCGUUCAUAUUUCCGUAAAAUUGAUGGUGUAGUUUUAAUGUAUGCAGUUGAUCAACCUGAUACAUUUACAAAUAUCAAAUAUUGGAUGGAAAUGAUAAAAGAAUCGACAAGUGAAGUAAAUGUUUCAAUUCUUCUAGUUGGUAAUAAAGUUGAUUUACGCAAUACCAGUAGUAACAGUACUAAAGAAAGUUAUAAUAUUAAUGAUGAAAUGAAACAAGAUGAGUCGCACAAGCACAUCACAUAUGAAAUGGGUGCCAAUGUAGCUAAAUUACAUAACGUUUUAUUCAUUGAAACAAGUGUGUUAAGCAAGCAUAAUAUCACUGAAGCUAUUGAACUACUCACGGAAGGUAUGAAGUUAAAUGAAGAUAAACAAGUUGCAGUUGUCACAUUAACUACAUCAUCAUCAACAUCAUUAGAAAGAAAUAUUGGCAAAAAGUCUGAUACAAACAGAACAGUGUGUUGUACAUAA